CUGUGUUGACGUCAUUUGUGUCAAAUAACAUCAGAGCGGCCAUGUUGGAUAGUUGUGUGCGACAUUUUCGAGCCAAGAACACAAACAACUGCAAAAAUAUGUGAAUACCUGCACCCAUAUUGUCCAACAAAAUAACAGUACGAAAGUUUGUCGGUAGAUUUGACUAGCACUGCAGGUUGUUCCUGUUUUUUUCCAACCAUUGCCGUCACUUUGUGGACAGUCGUUAGAAGCUUGAGGAAAACCAUGCCCAGCUCACCCAGAAAAAAUCUGAGGAGGAAGAAAGCGGUUUCCCACGAGUUAAAACCGAUCCCAAAACCGCCAAAACACAAUGCAAAUGUGACGGAUUCUGAAGACGAAUCCGAUCUUCCCGCAUUAGUGGACGAUGUGAGCUUUGAUGAAUCAGAGAAAGACGAGUUUGGCAGAGAGAAAGAGCUGGAAAGAAAGGCCACUACAAAUGGAGAGAGUGUUGAGAUCUGGUUGGAUAUGUCCAAGGCCGCCCGUGAGAGGCACAUGCGUGUGAUGAAGAUCUACCUGCUGUCCCCAUUUUUGUUUGGGGUGGUCGAGCAGGAGGAUAAGUGGAUCAAUUGGGCUUAUCAAAGCCGCUUACUCCCUUCAAGCAGUAAAUUUGAGAUGUCUGCAUUGAGCGAGGAGUACUUUCAAGCGGUUGAUAUUGUGGAAGACUCAUUCGACAUGCUGAAUAAGCACUUGCUUGCAAAAGAAGUGAUGGAGGAGAUGGUCAAAGCCAUGAGCAUGAUGGAUAAGAUAAACACUAUGAACAAGGUUGAAAAGGCCAUCACCUGUGCAGAGAGUUACAACUUGUUCAUCAAAAUCAGGGACUGUGUCAAGCAUCCAAACAACAAAAGGAAAGAUGUUGGAUUACUUCUUGCAAUACAGCAAGCUUGUGACCAUAUCAAGAAACUAACUCGAGAAAACAAAGAUCUUGCAAAGAUCUAUGAAGAGAACUGUCUCAAAGGAGAAAGGGCAUCAGAAGAUAGGAAACUCCAAGGCAAUGAUCAUUUCAACCAUGGCAAGUACAAGGCAGCCAUCUCUGCCUAUACUUUGGCGAUCAGUGGAGCGCCAUAUAACCAUAUUUUGUAUGGUAAUCGGGCACAAAGUUAUCUCAAGAGUGAGGACUUAAGGGAAGGCUUAACAGAUGGAAGAAGGGCAGUGGUUCUUAAACCAGACUGGACCAAGGGUCAGUUCAGGUAUGCCCAGGCAUUCUUUGAGCUUGGUUAUUAUGAGAGAGCGAUCAGCACCAAUCGAGCAGCCAUAAAGUUGUGCAGUGGCUGCAAAAACAGUAAAGACCUUGAUGUGCAAUAUGAAAAAUUCAUGGCUAAACAAGAAAAAGUGAGGCUAGGAGGUAGUGUUAAUGGCACCAUGAGCAGUCCGCAUACCACUGUUAAUGGGUUAAACGGAAGACAGGAUAUUGAUAAGAAUAACCUUGAUGAUCUUCCUGCGCUUGUUGAUGCUGCGACAAGUGACUCUAGCGGUGACAGCAGUGACUCAGAUGAUAAUCAUGAUCUUGACGGGAUUAAUAGUGUUCUUACAGAUGAUGAUGAUGGUCCCCCAGAGCUUGUGACAGAAUCUUCAGCAGCAAGUGAUUCUGAUGAGAUAGAUGCAAGGUUAAAGAAAAAUAACACAGAAGCACAUUCAAAUCAUAGCAUAAAGAAGCCAAAACCAACCUCUGAUGGACACCGAAACAAUAAUACUUUAAAUAUUAAAGAUGUCAAACCUGCAAGCCAAGGAAAACCCUCCAAGAAACGCGAGAAAAAGAAAGAUGACCCAGCACAGCAAGCCGCUGCACAAAGGAAAAAGGAACUCAUGGCCACCUUGAAGCAGGGGACGUCUGCACUGUUAGAUAAGAAACCACAAGCUGCUGUGCGCUAUUACAGUGGGGCACUUAAACUGCUCUCCGAAGACCCUAUUGAGAAUUUUGAGAUCAAGCAUAUUGACUACAUGCUGAUGUUGUAUGCUCAUGGAACUGCUUGCCUGGCUACUGGCAUUUAUAAGGAAUUACUGGAAGCUACAAGACAGUUUGAGACCAUUAUUGUUCAAUUUAAAGACACUAAGUUCCCCUUAGCAUUUUAUGGACUUGGCCGGGUCUACCAUCGCCAAAACAGAUUUUCUGAAGCUCUAGAACCUCUAAAUCAAGGGCUGGAGAUGGUCAAGGGUGGAGAGGAGUUUGGAGUUUAUCGCUGGCCAUCUUCACAAGUUAUUAUAGAGGAAACUAAGCCAGGCAAGCUCCUGGUUGCUUUUCAAGCUUUUAUCACAGUUUGUAGUCAUCCUCCCAGACCAGAUGCUGUCUGUAGAUAUAACUACUGCUCUGGGAGAACAGUCAUCUACCUCAGUGACCCAGACUACAAAGGGUAUGUAAGAUUGAUGUGUGAGGACUCUUGUCGGAUAGACUAUCAUCACAACUGCUGGAAGAAGUUCAAGUCAAGUUAUGAUGAGAAAAAUGGAGACAAGGAUUUCUUAGAUGGCCAGUGCAUGACUCCAGAUUGUGAAGCUCCAGUAGUACGGGUACAGAUAUUCAGUGAUGCUGGACUGAAAACUGAGCUGUGUUUCUAUCUGCAGUUUGCAUCAUCAAAGGCAGAUACCAAGGCCAUCAAACAGAGUAAAACAAAAACCCCAAGCAAACAGCACAAGCAAGAUAGGUACAGGCGAGAACGAGCAGAAUCCAAGACAGAGGAGAACAACCUUACCACAGAUGAUGAGAAGCAAAAAGAUGAACAUUUAUCAAUACAAGCCACCCCUAAAAGUCAACCAUCAACUCAACAAACUCACCUUAAUGACCAUUCAAGUGACAAGACAAAACAACUUAAACAAGACACAAAAAUACAGACUGACGAGAAUCAACUAAAUGCAUGCAACCUGGAGGAUAAUGGAACUGGGUUGUAUAUUCUUAAAAAGAAUGAAGAAAAGCCACAGGAAGACCCGGUAACCGGAAAGGGCAUCAAGAGCAAAAGCAAAAGGAAAAAAGCAAAGAAUACCCAGAGCUUGGACGAGUUUCUUAAGCACCUUGGUAGUGAUGGUAAUAUGCCUUCGCCCACUGAUACUAGUGUUAAUGAUGUGAAUAAGCCAGAGACCUUAUUUGGAGGAAGGUUAUUCCCGACUCCUCCACCGGACUGGUAUCAGCAAGAAUUGGAUUCUUCGUUUGCUAUACCUCCAGAGCUACAAAGUGAACACCAGGCAAUAGAGGCAGAGUUCAAGGCUAUGAAUAACCCUUUCCCCCUGAAUAUAGCUACCAAUGCUGGUUACGUCGCAGAUCCUAUAAAGGCAGACACUGAGACUGCUUUAGACUAUAUACUGUCGAUGUUCCAUGAAGUGCUGUCAGUGCAUGGGCCAUUAGAUAUCAGUGACGCACGCAUCCUGGAGCCUCUUAAUUUCCUGCCAGAGUCAUACCAGCAAACCAUAGAUAAUGCGGGCGGCCUUAAGCCCUUCUUUACAAAUUCUGGACAAUUUCUUGUGACUGGAAACACAGUCAUGCUUCCAGAUGACCUGGCAUUUCAGGAACUGAUCCAAAAACAAAACCCUGCCCUUGGGCUGGAUGGAAUCAGGAAAUCGAAGAGUUUUACAAAUGACGAAGCAAACUUUUUACUGGAUGAUCAUCAGGGUGGUCAUCUUAGCAAUAGUGCGUCUCCUGAAACAUCCCCAUUGAACCCAUCUUCAAAGGAGUUUUACCCUCGGAGCCUAUCUUUAACAAAUCUUGAUGAUGGGACCACCACCCUACAGCCACCCUGCUUGCCGACUGAUGUGACAAGUGCGGAAAACAUUAACAUGAACAUCAAAAUACCAUUAUUGCAUGAUGAUAGUAUAGUAGAAUGGCUUGUACCUAAUAUGGCAGACAAAAUAAGUAAAACAGAGGAUAAUAAUAUAGUAAGUAACUGUGUUGAUACAGGAACAGAGACCGUCUCUAAUUGUACCAUCGAUGCAUCAUUUUCGCCAGAAAAAAGCGCAAAAGACAGCUCCUCAGAUUCCCUGCUAAGCCCUCCAAGACUUUCCAGGUUUGGGAGUAAUGGACCUGAAGUCACAAUUAGCGUGAAGACCAAAGGAAUCCAGACCCAGCCACAGGUGAAGACUAAGGGAAUCGGGACGGAUCCUCUUACUGAACCUUACAAGUCGGAGUACACGAAGGCCGUGCAGGAAAGGGACGAGGCUAAUCGUAAGGCACAGGAACUACAGGAUAAGUUGGCGGGUAUCCAGGGCAAGCACAACCUGGAGGUCGAGAAACUAAAGGAAAAACUCUCAGAGAUGCAGCAGGAAAAGGAGAAACUCGCGAAAGAAAUCUCAAGCUCGAAGCAUGAAUGCAAACAAGAGUUACACAAGCUCCGAGGAGAGUUUGAGGAUAAAAAAAGACAAUCGGAGACUCUUCAGGAUCGCUUUAAGACUGAGUCAGAAAGGUUUAAAGCUACCAUAAAAGGCCUGCAAGACGAGCUGACUGCUGCCAAGGCUGAUUUGAGUACCGAGAAGACAAAGUCAAGCUCGGAUACUGUGCAGAAAGAUGAAGCAGUUCGCAAAGUAUCUGCACUCAGACAACAGCAGGAGCAAAGAGCUCAGGAAGCAGAGGUUAAGCUCCUGGAACUCCGUCGCGACGUGGGGCUGCGUUUCCUCGAGCGAGCAUAUCAAGAAUCACACAUCACACUUACCAACUUGACAGCAUACUCCACCAUGUGUCCAGGUACAAGUAAGCUGGAGGAGAUGCUUAACACUUGGCGCGUGUACGUUAACGACACGAGACAAAAGAUCGUACAGUGCAAGACCAUCUUUGAUAAACAGAUUCAGGAGGUUCAGAGUGGCCGCGCCCUGUCGACCCUCACCCCUCUCCCCAUCCCUGGCCCUGCACCCUAUCCCGCCCCCACCAUGCUCAACCUGCCGGGUCAACAAGGCAUUCCACCCCAAGUACCUCAAACAAGCAACAGACUACCACCCACAGCGACAACAACCGCUCUCUCAGUAACCCAGCCUCCAAAGGUAGCCCAAGCCGCUGGGACAGCAGUACCUGCAAGCAAACCUGCGACCAAUAAUAUGCAAGCAGCUAAACCAUCUCCAGCAAAUCACGUGGCACCUCCGAAGGCCUCUUCAACAAAUCACGUAGCAGCAGCUAAGCAGGGUGUAUUUCCCGCUGCUAAACAGCCAAUGCAAUUCGCAGCUCCUGUAGCUAAACCCCCUCCACCUCAGGCUACUGCGCCCCAGGCUAAGGCACCGAUACCCGCCAAGCCUACCGCAGAUGAUCCUUGCGUGGCCGGGGGCGUGACAGCCGCAAAAGCUGUAGGGGGUGCCUCGGAGACCAAGACUAGGCCCUCAAAUAGUUUUGAGAAGAUAAUGUUGCGGUUAUCCACGAUGUAUCCGCAUUUCUCCAGGUCGGAGCUGACGGGCUUCAUAAAGGAGGUGCGUCAGAAUAAGCACGGUACGCUCACAGGCCUCUCCCUGGAGGAGAUUGUCGCCAGUGUCGCGGGACUAGUAGACGCCAAACACAAGAGCGGCGCGCUAAGACCGCCAGGAGCUCCUGUAGCCCAAGCCGGUCCACACCGCAUAACCGCCCCGCCCAGGCAGCUCAACCAAUCAGCUAAUAGCUCCCAGCCUCCUGCACCAGUCCCCGCGCAUCCACCGCCAGCGGCGUCCUUAGAGUUCGACGAAGAAGACCCUUGUGUGAUCUGUCACGAGGAAAUGCGCCACAACGUCGUCAGAUUGGAGUGUGGACACAGAUACCACGACGCGUGUAUUCGCAAGUGGUUGCUAGGGGAACAAAGCACGUGUCCCACGUGUAGAGUACACGCACUGCUACCUGAUGAAUUCCCGCGAUUGCGGUAACUCCGCUGGCUCCAACGCGGCGUGCAGGCUCUCUGUUUAGUGUUUAGGGCGGACUGGCGCCGUUUUGUUGGUGCAUAGUUCUCUGUGUCGACUGUAGAAACUAUGGCAACGUACACUUUUUGGCUGCGACUUGUGUCGCAAAAAUAAUUUCAAUGUUUCACUUGAGAAAGUUACAAAAGAGGGUGAAACAUGUGCAAAAUGCGACUUGCUUUUUUUUUUGGCGAAACGAGUUUCUUAACUCGACUAUUUCUUAACAUUUUAAAUCCACGUAUCCUUUAUUUGUAAUCUUUUAGGUUUGCAUCACCUUCUUCAUUUUUCUCUUUGUAGACAUCGUGCUGUUUUAUUUGUUUUAUUUACCUCCCAUGACACUGUGUAACUUCAAGCAUUUUAUCACGUUUUGUUUAGAAGACAAUAAACCAAGCAACAGUA